AUUUGAUUUUCCAGCAGAUUGAUUUGUGUUCAAAUUUUAAAAUUUUGUAUUAAUUUUCAUUGUAUGAAUUGUAUUAUAACAACUAUUUAAUUAUUACUAAAUUCCAAAGUCUAUAUUAAUUGUCACCAUGUUGUUUAAUAUGAACCAAUUGGUCUGUAAAAUAAGGCCAUUUAUAAAAUGUGUAAGUAUAAUGCAAUUAAUUAUGCAGCAGUUUGGUCACUUUAGUUUUAAAUAUUAAAUGGUAUUUAUUCCACAAACAUGCAUUUAUUAACAUAAUAAUUUAUACAUCAUUACAAAAACCAUAAUGUAGAUUAUCUGACUACAAUGUUAUAUAAUCAUAAUUUUUGUAUUAUAAGCGUUUGGUUGUAUUACUAGUAAUUUGUCCAAAAAGCCACACAUUCAUUAUUUAGUAUUUAACCUGUGAUGGUUAUGUUAAACUAUUUGUACCAAAACUGUUUUUAGUUUUAAAAAAAUUAAGAAAUAGUAAUUUUUGUCUUGUUUUUUGAGUUGUAUAGAUUUAAUUUGUAAAUUAAAUAAGUAUCGAGUUUAUAAAAUCUGAGUUUAAGAUUUUGUAUUCUUUCAAACAUUUUUUAUUAAAUCCAAAAACUAAUCAUAAUUAUACAUUUAUUUAGUAUAAAUAUAAUGACAGGACCAAUAUAAUAUGAAUUAUCUGAAAAUUGUAUUGUAAUUUAUUUUAAUCACAUUAUUAAAAUUAUCAAAUAAAGAUAAAAUAUGGGUGUAAGGCCACUAGAAAAUAUGAUUAUUUUUUUAUUUAUUUAAAUCUUUUAACACACAUUUUAGAUUAUAAUCGUAGAGAAGGAUCAAAUACAAAAACAUAAAUUGUAGAAUUUAAAAAAAAAAAAAAUCGAACUUUUAAAUCUGGAUUUUCAAAUAAUCUAGAUUUAUAUACAUCAUUAAUCUAAAUAUAUUCAGUAUACAUAAACUGAAUGGAUACAUUUUUAAAGCAAUAAUAAAUAUUUUGUUUAACCUGUCACUUAACUUUGUAACUAAAAUAAUCUAGACUUGUACCAAGAUUUUCACUGUAAUUUUACUUUUGAUAUUUUCCACAUUUUAUAAAUUGAAAAAUUAUAUUUUUAGAGAGUUUAUUCAAAGAAAGUAGAUGAGAUACUACCAAAAAACUUAUUAGAAGAGUUUCAUACUGCAUCUCAACAAAAGCAACUAGGUGUUAUUUAUGAUAAACGACCAUUUAAAGUUUUUCUAGAAAAAGGAAAAAAUUAUAGCUGGUGUUCUUGUGGUAUGAGUCGACAACAGGUAUUUAUAAAAAAAAAUGUGUAUAUUUUUUUAAUAAGAUUAAAGUAGGUAACAUAAAAUAAAAAAUUGUAUUUCUAUAUUUAGCCAUUUUGUGAUGGGACGCAUAAAAAUCAAAAACUCCGCAUUACAAUGAAACCGGUUAAAAUUCAAGUAGCUGAAAGUAAAGAAUAUUGGCUGUGUAAUUGUAAACAAACAACCCAUCGACCAUUUUGUGAUGGAACACAUAGACAACAACAUAUACAAGACGCAAUAAAAAAAUAUUAAUUUGUAUAAUAUUUGUUGUAUAUUUUACGAGAUAGUUUUUUGUUUGGGCACAUCUUUUCAAGUGAUAAUUAUAAUUUUAUAAAAAAAAAAUAGUUUUUUGAAGAAAUUUUUUUUUUUUAAUUUGUGCUAUACUAAAACUAUUUUUUUUUUUUUUUUUGUCAUAUACAUUUUAUCUUAACUCUUAAGGUAACUAUAAAAUAAUAGUGAUUUAACUUUUGGCCACACAAUAAGUUAUAAUAUAAAAACAAAAUUAUAGCAAUUAAUUAAACUCUAAAAAAAUGUAAAAAAUAAUGUACGAUCAUUUCAAAUUUGAAGUAAUAUAUAGUGUUUAUAGCAAGCAUUGUCGUACAUAGAAGACAAACUAGCGUAAAAUAAUAAUACUUAGCACACUAUAUUUUUGUUUUCAAAAUGGAAGAAAUUUUAAAUAAUAAUUUAUUCAAUGGCUUUUGAUAAAAAUUCAAUGAAACGUUUGCCAUAUUGUUCUGGGUCACAUGUUGAUAUACCAUCUACGUUUGAUCCAUGUUUCAAUGUUUUAGCCGCUUUUGCAGCUUGUUUUUUAACACCAUAAUGUGUAAGUACAUCAAUUAAUGCAAUGAAAUAAAUUUCUCGUACUGGUGCACCUGUUAGAAAUAAUAACAUAACUAAUCUAUUAUAUAAUAACAAACUAUAUUCAAAUUUAUCACCAAAGGGUAAUAAGAUUACCUUCACUACUAGGUAUGGCAUAUAUAUCGAGAUCAGGUAUUAUUGCAGCCACGUCGUACUGGCAGAGGCUUGUAUCACGUGCUAAUAAACUGUGUGGUGAAUCUGGAGGUGUGUUGGCCCAUGUCACUGUAUUUCCAGCACCUUCACUAUCUUCCGCAUCUUCAUCCUCUUCUUCUGCAUUAACAUCUCCAGUACCACUAACAAUUGCUUCUUCCCUUUCACGCUCUGCGCGAGUACAGUCAUGUAUGCCUAAUAAUAGGCUAUAGUCCAUCAAAUGUAAUCCCGUCAAAAACUAGAAUGCAAAAUUCAUAUGUUUUAAAAGUAUAACAAUUUAAAACAUUAAAAUUACACUCACAUCAACAUCUGCUCCUAGAGUUUCCAAAAGCUUAUCUUUUGCUUCAUCACCAAUAUAUAUUUUUGUACGUUCUUUAACAAAAUCAUUGUCUUUAAAUGUCGGUAGGUCUUUUUCCUUCUCUUUAUCUGAAGCUUCUCUAUCAACUGUAGAACCUUUGAGAUCAAAUUUUCUAA